CAAAAAUUACCUGAAAUAGUUACAAAAAAAUCUAAAGCAAAAGAUCAGAAUUUGUUAAAAAAUUCUAUGAAUAAUAAUACUGAAUUUACUAAUAUUGAUCCAUUCUUCGAAGAAGAAUUUGAUGAACUUCUACAAAUUAAUGUUGAAGUGGUAAGUAUGGAUAUGAAUAAUGAAUCAGUGGUAGAAAAUUUUUUCGAUGUCAAAACAUUUGAACAGAGUCAAGGAAUAAGCGAAGAAAGCUUGAAUACUUCUUCUCAAAGGCAUAUUACCAGUGCUGAUGGAGAUUGGUCAAUUGACGAUAUUUUCUCUUUACCUAACUAUCCUACACUUGAAUAA